AGGAGAGUGGUCUGCCAUAUUCCGAAUUUUACUAAGAACUGGGCUGUUAUAGUACUUUCGAUUUUGUUUGUGGGAUACAGAAGCCUGGGAGGUAUCACGAACGUGAGGGGUGUUGGGAGAUGGCGACAGGGGGAGGGAACAAGUGUUUCAUGUGCGGAGGAGAAGGGCAUUUCGCCAGGGAAUGUCCCUCUCAACGCACGCCGCAAGGUAGUGGGAUUGGCGGGAAUUCCACGCCUAGAUAUUGGACACCUCGGAGACAGGAGGAUACGGAAGAACGUGAGUUUUUGAGGCAGAUGAUCCAAGAGAAGAAGGAGGAACAGGCACGAAGAAAGGAGUUGGAGGAGAAACAGAAGAUGGAUGAGAUUAUCCGGCAGGAGAUUGAGAGAAAAUUGGAAGCUUUGGAGGCGAGGGUCAUGUCAAAAUUCGGUAGGCAGUACUUAGCGGCGAAGGAGGAGGCUCGUAAGGAGGAGGUCAGGAUGGUAGGUACUAGGUCGCCAACAAGGCAUGUCCCUCAAUCUGUCCAUGUUAACCCUGAUUACUCUAAUAUGGGGAUCGAGGACAUUGAAGUUGAAAUUGCGAAGCUCUACGAGGUGCAAGAGAGGAAGAGAAAAGGCAAAGGUCCUUUGGAACCUGGCCUGAGGCGCCAAUUUCGGCAACCUGUUUUCCAACGGGAUAUUCCGACGAUCCAUGAUCCUCUAGUGGCGGGGGAAUCUUCGAGAAUGGGCGAGGAGCGGGGGUGCACCAAGGUUCCUGCAGGUAGCGGGCCUGAAGGGAUACUCGCUUACAUUUUGGAGCAGCGCAAGGUGCUCGCUGCGAAGAAGAAGAUCAGUUGAAGACUAUUUGUGAGAUGUAGGGAGUUACUUACACUACGAAGG